CACAUGCACGACAAAACGCAGUAUUUCUUUGAAUAAGUGGGGGGAUAUUCAGACCGGCUGUGAAUAGUUCAGUUGUUUACCGACAGUUACGAAGUGUGCAUGUUAUACUUUUGCGAUCUGUUGCUGCUAAAUUACGCAAUAUUUCGAAAUUAAAAAUGGAUGAUAGUAGUCUAGUGCUAGUUAGUGAUGCAUCUGAUGGUUCGAGAAAAAGAAAACGAACUAUCUCUAAACGAGAAAGGGCAACAAAAAUGCGAUACAUGAAUCAUAUGCCUAAUGCUGAAGAUUUUGAAGUGAAGUGCAAGCAUUUAAAAACUGCACUCCAGUGUCAUGAUUUUUCUACCAGUAAAAACGAUAAUAGAUAAUA